GAUUGGUAGCCUACUCUCGAGACUGUGGUGAAUAUACUGUAUACUUCUUGUUCAAAAACAGCAACACAGCAACUACUGAACUCGUGUAAUUUUACUUAAAGUUAAACCACGGGUAACUGACCCAGGCUUUCUCUUGCAACACACAUGAGAACUAAAAACACGAAGUUACGAAGUUGAGGAACUAAUAGAUGACUAAAUAGCUUUGCUCCGCCCCAACACUAUAACCCACAUUUUAUAUUUUCCGUUUACAGUCCACUACGCUACUGUCUGUUGACCGCUUAGUAACAAGGAAUGUUACUAUAAUUGGGCUUUCAGAAAUAGUUUUGACCAUGCAAUGCUUCACCCUGCUUAGUCUGUUUGUUUUCGUAGACUUUGGCUCAUCUGCAGUUCUGAGAACAGAAAGAAACGACGCGCCAGUAGUCGGUGUUUUGGCUCAAGAAUUGCCGAAACCUCAGGCCUUCGCAACGUCAUACAUUGCGGCAUCAUAUGUGAAGUUUUUGGAGUCAGCAGGAGCCAGAGUUGUACCUGUGAAGGUUAACCAGACUCACCAAGAAUAUGAAAGGCUGUUUAACUCCAUUAAUGGAGUCCUGUUUCCUGGUGGAGGUGUUAACUUGACAACAUCAGGGUAUGCUGAAGCUGCAAGGGUGUUUUAUAAUCUUGCUCUUAAGGCUAAUUCUGAAGGUGAUUACUUCCCUGUUUGGGGUACGUGUUUGGGUUUUGAGGAGUUGACAUACCUGACCAGUGGAAAGUUUCUGCUGUCUCAUACUAAUACCACUGGCGUUGCACUUCCACUGGUUUUUACAAAAGAUUCAAGAAAUAGCAGGCUCUUCAGGAACUUCCCCACAGACAUCCUGGAAGCUCUGGCCUCAGAGCCCCUAACAGAAAAUUCACAUCAGUGGAGUCUCACUAUGAAGAGUUACAAUAAAAGCGAGGAACUACGAAUGUUCUACAAAGUCUUGACCACCAAUUUUGAUGGUAAAGUGGAAUUUGUUUCAACCAUGGAAGCAUACGAGUUUCCUUUUUACGGGACUCAGUGGCACCCUGAAAAGAAUCCCUUUGAGUGGACAAGGCCCUACAUUCCACACUCACCCAAUGCUGUGAAAGCUACUUUUUUCAUGGCUGACUUCUUCGUCAAUGAAGCAAGAAAAAGCUCUCACCGAUUUCCAAGUAAAGAGGAAGAGUCUGAAGCUCUGAUCUACCAGUACAGUGCAACUUACACUGGGAAAAAAUCUGCAUUUGAGCAGAUAUAUCUGUUUUAAUGGAAAUGUGGAAGAAAAAAUCCUUGUAGCAAGAGUUCAAAUGAAGGAGGUGAACAAUUAGACUGUGUAGUUCAGGGUGGAUGCAGACACACACAUACACACAUCACACAUCAGAUGCAAGUAAACUACAUAUAAACACAUAAUAGGGCAACUAUUCAUAAUAUGAUUGUCACCCCCUCACUCCUCAACAGUACACCAGAGUAGGUGGCAAACUGACUGGUAUACUUCUCUGAUUGGGAGAAAAAGUAAAUAGCUUUCCACCAGCUAGCAUAUCUAGCAACUACACAAGAAGUAACUGAAGUGCUUUAAAAUUAAGGGGGAACAUUAACUCCACAACAGCCUGCCCCAUGUGUCAAGCCACUUGUAUCUUGAAAAACCCAUGCUGGCAUAUUUAGAGCACUUUAAUUCUAUGCACUGUGUCUUAUUUGUUGUCUUCUCAGCCACUGGACAAGGGUGAUUUUUCACACUGUCUAAUUGCACUGGUAACAGUGGAAGACGGGUAUUAAACAGUGGUUUUAGCUGCUGAAUUUAAUGGGUAGGCAAUGUGUUUACAUGAUGUGAAACAUCCAAGAGAAAAUGAUUUACCAAAUAUUAAUUUUUUAUAGUAUUUUGUCCUGCUAUACUGCCAACUGCUUUGUUGGCUGACAGGCUAUCAAGCUAGCUAGCUACUGUAGCCUAGAAUUAUGGUUUGUUUGUUGUGAUGUAUUGCAGUUACAUUUUUGUUAAUGUCACAUUAAAAGUUGUCUGCGUUACUUACUAAGUUGAGUGACAAGGUAAACUAGCUAGCUAGUUUAAUAUCUAUAGUACCAGUCAAAG